AAAAAAUAAAAAAUAAAACUAUCCAAUCAGAGAGAGAACAUUGGCCUUCAAUGUUCAAAACCCCGGCCGUCUAAACUCUUCAACCCCAUAAACCCUUUUGUUUUUGGCAGAACAAAACCCGCGCUUUUUGUUUUUCUCUCAAUUGAAGGCAGCCAUGGCUGUGGACAGAGACAAGCUUGAAGAUGAAUCACCAAUGCUCCGUUUCUACAGAAUUGUUCUGGGUUGGGACUAUUUCCGCCUCCUAAAGGAGUCCUGCAAGAAUAAAGACAAGGAAAAGGCAGCGGAUGGAGCUAUUGGGCUCAAGGAAGUUAAGGACACUUACAAGGACAUGGACGAUUAUAUCUCUACUUUUGAGCCACUUAUUUUCGAGGAAAUCAAAGCUCAGAUUACUCAGAGGACAAAUGAAGAUGAGGUGUCAGAAUGGGAGAGGAGGCUGGUGGUGGAAUGCAAUGAGGUUGAUGGGUUUCACUUACCGGCAGUUACUUAUGCAGCUGACAAUGCAAAAGAGUCCAUAUCACAUAAUGAUCUUUUGCUUCUUUCAAAAGAAAAGUUUCAAGAUGGUACAAGACUCCCAACGACAUAUGCAUUUGCAUUGGUGGAGAACUGCCAGAAUGAUCGUUUUAGACUUAGAAUGUAUCUGGCUGGAGAAGUACAGCAUUAUAAUACAGAUGUAGUUAAAUCUUGUCAAAGGCUAUUAAAUAUGCGGUCUUUGAUUACUUCUCCUACUAGCGAAGUGGAGAAACUCUUUUACAGUCUAAAGAUCUGCAGUUUGUCAACUAUUGCUCGUGAAUAUAUGGCUCUGUGGUCAAUUGGCUCUCUCCCUUUUAAGGAUCUAAUAUUAUCAGCUACUGAAAAAAGUCUUGGUUCUGAAAACCAGGGUUGGAAAAUUUCUAAGUUCCUAGAGGAAUAUAUAAAAGACAAUCAUAAUGAAACCCAACAAGAAGCCAUACAGGCUGGUCUAGCACGUAAAGCUUUUGUUCUGAUUCAGGGCCCCCCAGGAACAGGAAAAACAAAGACCAUUCUUGGGCUUCUAAGUGCCAUUUUGCAUGCGACUCCAGCAAGAGUGCUCUCCAAAGGCGAAUUCCUUGAAAUGAAGCGUGGGCCACAAUUACCUAUUCAGGAGAAAUACAAUCACUGGGUGAGUGCAUCUCCAUGGUUAAUUGGUGGUAAUCCUAGGGAUAGCAUAAUGCCCAUAGAUGGUGAUGAUGGUUUUUUCCCUACCUCAGGAAAUGAUUUGAAACCAGAAGUAGUCAAUUCUUGUCGUAAAUAUCGUGUUCGUGUGUUAGUAUGUGCCCCAUCAAACUCCGCACUUGAUGAGAUUGUCUUGCGUGUUUUAAACACCGGUGUUCGUGAUGAAAAUGACCAUGCAUAUAAUCCUAAAAUUGUGCGUAUUGGUCUAAAAGAGCAUCAUUCUGUUCGGGCAGUCUCCAUGGAUUACCUUGUGAAACAAAAGCAGGAAAGCAUGAGUGCUGAUAAAGAUAAACAUGGAGCUCCGCAAAGGGAUAAGGAUAGUAUACGCGCUGCAAUUUUGGAUGAGGCUGUAAUUGUCUUCUGCACCCUUAGCUUCAGUGGUUCAACUCUUUUCAGUAAAUGGAAUCGUGGCUUUGAUGUUGUUAUAAUAGAUGAAGCAGCACAAGCUGUGGAACCAGCAACUCUUAUUCCUUUGGCCAAUGGAUGCAAACAAGUAUUUCUGGUUGGUGAUCCAGUUCAACUGCCAGCAACUGUAAUUUCUCCUAUUGCAGAGAAAUUUGGAUAUGGGACAAGUUUGUUCAAGAGAUUGCAAAGGGCUGGUUAUCCUGUGACAAUGCUGAAGACUCAAUACCGAAUGCAUCCAGAGAUUAGAAGCUUUCCUUCAAGGGAGUUUUAUGCUGAGUCAUUGGAGGAUGGGCCUAAUAUAGAAGUGCAUACAAGUCGUGACUGGCAUUCAUACCGUUGCUUUGGACCAUUUUGCUUCUUUGAUUUACAUGAAGGGAAAGAGUCCAAGCUCGCAGGAAGUGAAUCUUGGGUAAAUGUUGAUGAGGUUGAAUUUGUUCUCCUCUUGUACUGUAAGUUGGUGAGUAGGUACCCAGAGCUCAAGUCAAGUUCUCAAUUUGCAAUUAUAUCCCCCUAUAGCCAACAAGUAAAACUGCUUAAAGACCACUUUAAGACUACUUUUGGAGUGGAUUCAGAUACGGUAGUGGAUAUUACUACUGUUGAUGGUUGCCAGGGACGUGAAAAGGAUGUUGCCAUAUUUUCAUGUGUUAGGGCAAGCAAAGAUAAAAGCAUUGGAUUUCUGGCUGAUUAUCGGAGAAUGAAUGUUGGGAUCACCAGAGCAAAGUCUUCUGUCCUGGUGGUAGGGUCUUCCUCAACAUUGAGGAGGGAUGAGCACUGGAAUAACUUAGUGGAAAGUUCUGAGAACAGAAAGUGUUUUAUUCAGGUUUCCAAGCCCUAUACCUCAUUUUUCACUGAUGAAAAUCUAGGUUCCAUGAAAUUGGAAACUGGAGAACAUGAUGAGGUAGAUAAUAAUGCAAACCUUCAUGGUAAUCUUGGGGAUGUUGACCAUGAGCAGGUGGCAGAUGACCUUGACUAUGGGGAUGAAGACGGUGACAUGGAAGGCUUUGGAGAUGAUUAAGUCCACCUAUUACUAUGAAUAUUAUCUGGCUGGGAACCACAAAGUUCUGGAAAUCACUUUGAAACUACAGGUGUUGGUUUGUAAGUUGAAACCCACCAACAAUUUUGUGUACUUUCAUUGAAACGAUCCUUUUGGAGGAAUUUCUACAUCAGAAUGGCAACUGUUUUAUACAAGGUAAACUCUUCAUUGAUGUUAAAAGGAUUAUGCUCCUUUGCUGUCUAUUGGGAUUGGGAGUAUUAUGUAUAGAGGCUUCACAAGAUCGAGGUACUUGAUUGAUCCCCUUGAACUUAUUACGCAUUUGCACAACAUCAAAGGAGAUAGAAGUCAUGUUGCUCCUUUGAUGCAUGAUAAUUCACAUUUUGUAAGAUCCUUUUAUAAAUAAAAAAAGUAGGCUAGUAGGGUAUUCUUAGCAAUGCCCCCUUAGAAUGGUUAGUGUAUUUUCUAGGUCUCAAAUUAAUGUAUCAGUCCACUCUUUCUACAAUGUCAUCGAUUUUCUUGUUUUCUUUUACCAAAUAAACAAAGACAAAAGGCAAAAGAUAGAGAAUGAAAAGAAAUUUUCAUUUAUAGCC